ACUGUAGCAACCAAACUAUGGAUUUCUACAUGGCUCUUGACACAAGUUACUGUGGUAAACAAACUUUGGUUUUCUGGAUGGCUAUUGAUACAAAUUACUGUAGCAACCAAAUGGUAGAUUUUUAAAAUAUGUCAGUUUACAGUCAGUGUGUAUUGUUAAAUUAACAUGUUUUCGAUUCUUUGUUUAUAGUAAAAAAUGUGGAAGAGACGAAAGAUGGAAGUGGAUCUCAGUCGUUCAGUCUUCAGGAUGACCUGGUGAUAAGUGAUAGUGAUGAUGAAACGGCCACAUCUCAACCGAGAGACAAAGUUAAAGCUCGUCUUAACUUUAGCAGGUUAUCACAGAAUGGUGACCACUGUCCAGCUUCCCUCCCACAAGCAGUAUCAGCCAGCUCUGACAGUAGAUCCAGUGAAUCCGAAGACAGUACCUCAGACACUGACUCUGAAGAUACUGACAGCAGUACAUCUAAUAAAAUAUCUGCCUCUGAAAAGCCUCCUACUCAGAGUUGGCGUUUAGCAAAUUUUGUGGACAAACAAACUUCAUCUCCUUGGAAACCUCUUAAUAACUUGUCUUUGGGUGAGGAACAAUCUAAAGACUCAGAAAUUAAAGUUAACCAAAUUGUAACUCAGGAUCCUAUAAGCAGCGUCUCAAAAGAAGAACAGAAUAAAAGCCUCAGGAGAUCAAGUACAGAGUUUUGUUCGUCAACUGGCUUUAUGACAACUGACAUAAGAGUUGUACUCUCUCCUGUGCAUUUACCACAUUCCUUGAAAGGAGAGGAGCCUUUCUUGUCCCAUGCUCAGCAGUGCCAAGAUGAUAAAGAAUAUUCACAUAGGUGUUUGGAUGUUAAAGACAAUGUGUUUUGUUCUCCACUUAGGAAUGGAGACCAAACAUCAGUGGAUAAGACUGAGGAUGUUGAUAAGUCCUACAAAGAUGUGAGAACAUUUCAACCUUUUCAUACUGUAGAAACGGAUUCUGGUUCCUCACCCUUAUCAAAAAAGAGGUUAGAAUUUCAGUUGGAUAAUAGUUCUAGUGAGCAGAAAUUUGAUUUAGCAUUGUCAAAGGUCUACAAAGAAGGUGUCAAAUCUACUGUAGAUGAGAUGAAGCAUCUGGAGAAACUAAUUAAUUGUAAUGGCAUCACUGGCCAGAAAAUUCAGUUAGAAUUGCCGAAGGCUUGUGAAGGUUUGAAAAACACUGUAGGUAAGAAGAAGCAUUUAGAAAGACCAUCUAAUUGUAUUAAACACACAGAAGGUGAACGAGAAGAAAACAAAAUCAACAGAAUAGAAAUAAAGCACAAAAAAAGAACACCAAGAGAAUCAACACCAAAGUCACGUGAGAAUGAUUCAAAAAAGCAUGCCUCAGUAGUUAUUCACAAUGGUGAAAUUAAUGAGAUGAAAAAAACAACACCUCAAAAGUGUUUAUCAAAGCUUUCCUUGUCAAGGUCAGAUGAUAGUGAUGUUGAUAUUUUGGGUUUCACCUCUCCAGUCCAACUACUGAAUACCAGUAAUAAGAUUUCUUCUCCCAUCCAGUCUUCAACAACUAAACUGGGUAAGCACUCAAAACAUGCAGGAAUCAAACUCAAGUCAAAAGAAGCUUCUGAAAGUGUAAUGAAAGUUAUUGACAGUGUUGCCCAAGGAGACUCGAUGGAAGGCGUGAACAAGAAGACUGCAGAAUACUACAGUGUCUGUAAAAGGUUGGAACCUCCUACUAGCCAACCAGAGACAUGGGCACAUUUAACAGAAGAAAGUUUUGAGUCACAAAGUGAAAUGCAACUGAGAACCAUUCCACAUAUUAUAGUGAGUAUAAAUUGUGAUUUAAUUGAUAGGGUACCUUCCAUACCGUUAAAGUUACCUAUUAAAAGGACGUACUCUCCAGAAGACAGUGAUAUUAAAAUAAGGACAGGUGGUGUUCCUCAAUCUUCCUCCAACAAGAAUGAUAUAAAAAAGAUGCGUGAAGUGAAAAAGGAGAGGCAAAAGGCAGCACAACGAAGUAAAGAGUCUUUUCACUGUAAGAAUGGUAAAUCACGUAGAACAGAUGAAGUGAAAACUUGUAAAAGAAAAGCUACUGAAAAAACAGAAUUGAAAGAAAAAAAGAAGGCUUGUUCAAAUGCUGUGAUAUCUGAAGUUUUAGGGUCGAAAGUGGAUAGGAUAACUGCUACAGAAUUAAGAAAAGUGGAAAAUAAAGUAAGCUCUUCUCCUUCUACAAGAUGUGAUAGCCCAAGUAGUUUUUCUCUUUGUUCUACCACGAGCCAACAUGGUGUGAAGAAUAUCCAAGAGACAAAACUUGCUGUAAAAAAAACCAAGGGAAAAUCUUUGGAAAAGGGGAAACAGAAGUACAAGGAAGAAGCUUAUUGUAAGACGAGGACCCUCAAGUCUGAGAAAGACUCCUCCUUCAUAAGCAACAGAAAAGAAUCGGAUGAAAGAAAGCAAGACAGAGAGGGAAAGGAGAAAGAAAGGGUUAGAUUGAAAAACAAAGAAAAGCAGGAGGAUGGAUGUUCUGAAAGUAAGAAGCCAAAGAAGGAUACAUUGGUUGAGAAUCACUUCACUUUGUCUAGUCAAGACAAUGGUUAUGGUCAGGUAGAAGCAGAUAGACAUCCGAGCAGCAUGAACCAUGAACAGAUAAGUAGAGAAAAAAAUGAACCGACUCCAAAUUCUUAUAGUGAUUCAGAAAACCCAGUUCAUGAUGAAGUGACGAACAAUGAUCGAUGCCAAGCUUUGGAUGAUGAAGACACUAGAUGUCAUUCACCAGAUUAUUACUUGAAUGAGGCAAAGAAGCUGAAACAUGAAGCUGACAAGGAGAUUACCUUAGCUAAUCAGGCUGUGAAGUACCUUGAAGCUGUGUGCAACUUCGUGCUGACAGGCAACGCGAUGGAACACAACCACUUGGACAGUGAAAGGAUUUACACCAUGUACAAAGAAACGUUAGAUUUGCUCAGAUGCGUAUGGUCAAAGUUUCAGAAAAUGAACCACAGCUCCUCCUCUUGUAGUUUAGAUAAAAGAUUGACUGUGUUAAGUUUACGUUGUCAGUCAUUACUGUACUACAAGCUUUACCAGCUAAGAAGACCAGAAGUUCGUGAGCUACAAAAGACAAUUAAUGAAUAUCACAAGACUAAUACAGGUCGUUUUUCUUCGCAUCAGUCUCCUUUACCUUCAAGCAACCACACGCCAAAUCCCAAUUGUCAUUUCUCUCAGCCUUCUCCAGUACAGCCGAGAAGCUGCAAUGGAACUGCGAAAGAUGGGAUCGCUUCACCUCGUUCCCCGACCCCUUCGCCUGCUGGGAGUGUAGCCUCAGUCGGUUCUCAGAGCAGUGGCUACAUCAGUUGUGAAGUGAACUGUGUUGGAGCUGCUGGGUCCCAAACUCGCUCAGUUAGUGCAGUUGCUACACCAUUGUCAGUGUCGAGCCAUGCUGGUCCUUCACGGCCUUCUGGCAGUAGUUUGACUUCUGUCAGCGUUCCCCAGCACUUGUACAUUUUGCUACAGAAACAAAACACGCAUCUGACAAAUCUUCACAUGUGUCAUGAACUGUGGGAACAGGCACAUUAUCUUAUUGUCCACUGUAACUCACAAGAUUUUUUUGCUGCUUUGGAUUCAAGUUGUGAUAGUAUAUCAUUAGACACCCCUCUCUCGGACUUAGUCCGUUACGUACAAGCUGGACUCUCUAAACUUAAAGAUGCAUCAUGAUUCUCGUUGUCACACACUCUUAGCUUUAUAUUGGAAUGGUUAAAAAGAGUUUCAAACUGAAAAAUAAGUGAGAAAUAUUUAAGUCUACUCAACAAAUGUAGUGUUUGAGUAUGUUGUAAAUAUAUUUUUGUAUAUAUCUAACAGUAUAUAUAUAUCUUCAGAUUUUCAACAUAGAAAGAAUAAUUCUAUAUUAUUGUCAAUAACAUGAUUAACUGAUUGAUUUCAAAAGAAUUUCAUUGCUGUGUUUAGGUCUUCCUGUACAACUUCUCAAAUUUCUAUUGUCUUUCUUCCUUGAAAUGAAGUCAGAGAGUAGUUCUGGAGAAAUUGGUUCUUUUUUGUUUGUACUCUAUAUUUUUUUACUUCCAAAGUGGAUAUUAUCAUAUUUUGUGUUGCAAAAUGUCUGGGAUAAAGUGUAUGACACUGUGUGUGAUAUUAUUUUGUGUGUGUUUAUGUCACAUCGUUCUAAAUUAAGUUUCAAAGUAUUUAUUUUAAUUUGGUAAUGUUCUGGCAAAUCCACGAUAUACGGAGCAGAACGUGUGAUUCAGCUGUUGUUUGACCCUCGGAGGAAUGUAUGACUAAAGACUUGAAGAGAUGCUAGAACUAUAAGUCCUGUUAAGAGGAAGAUUUUAUCAAUUUCUCUAAAACUUCAGCUUCCUCGGGCAACCAGACAGAAAAGAUAAUUGUUACUUGAAACUGUCAGUAUUUGGUAAAACUCCAUUAUUAUAGAAUUGAGGAACAAAAUGAAGACAAUUGUACGUUUCACAAAAACUUCACUUAUUAAUGACCAUGGUUUUCCCAGUAAAGGCUUUAUUGGUGAAACCAUGGUCGUUAAUGAAGGAGGUUUUGGUCAAAUAUACAGUUGUCUUUGCUUUUUUUCUUAAAUUCUAUACCAAGGUGUUUCACUUCUUCAGCAAAGCUUUCUCACUUGUAGUUUUUACCAGUUGAGGAAGUCAGGUUUUACCAAUUAGGUAAAAAAUGUUGAACGAGUGAAAGGUCUUGGUAUAGGAUUUAUUUUCAUUUGCGUGAGAAAAACUGAAGUUUUGAGAAAUACUUGAGUUUCCUCAUCAAAUAUAUUCAAGAUUCUAUUAUGUGUAGGUGAGUUUAUUUUAAUAAGACAGUAAGCUCAACACAAGUACAAAACACUGAAAUGUUGGCUAAAACAUUAUCAGCUAAAGUAAUAUAACUCACUAUAACUUAUAGUUUUAUGUAUUUUGUAGUCAUGAGCUCUUCUAAACCAGUACUGAUGUAUUUAUUAAGUGUUAAAUUGUUUCUGCUGUCCAGUUGUAAUGGUUAAUCUUAUCCAUUGUAACAGUCCUGAUGAAUUUUGUCCCUGUGUUUAUUAAUUUAUGGUGCUUGUAGUGUCCAUUGCUAUAGUUCUUGCUCAGUGGUUUUCUUUGAGAAUGUUUUUUGGUUUGAGGUCAUCUACUAUUGAUAAAUGUUGGAAUAAACACAGAACUUUUGGUCACUGGUGUUAGCUUCUGGUCAAUUACUACUUAAACUGUUGGCAUCAACAGUGACAUUUGGUCACUGACCUUGACUACACUGUUAGCUUCUGGUCAGUUACUACUUAAAUUGUUUAUCAACAGUAAUGUUUAGUCACUGAUCUUGACUCUGCUGUUAGCGUCUGAUCAAUUACUACUUAAACUGUUUAUCAACUCUGAGUAUUUUUAGUUUUUUGACAUCAUUAGCUUCUAAUAUCUGAUGAUAGUGUUUUAGUCACUUGCUAACAACAACUUUUGUAUACUGAUCAUGACACUAUGUGGACAGUUAUUACUACUAACUAUUGAUAUCAACAAUGACAACUUUUGUUUACUGACCUUGACACUACUGUUAGCCUGUGAUCAGUUAUUACUAAUAACUAUUGAUCUUAACAAUGACAACUUGUGUUUACCAAAUUUGUUCAUUUUUGUAGCUUACAUUAAGAUUGGUAACAUUAAGCCAUUAUCAUUAACAAAAAAUGAUCAAUUUUAAUUACUUAUUUUAGCAGUAGUAAUGUUUUACUGUCACCCACACCAAUAGCACUGAGAAGUUUUGAGUAUAACUGAUAGCCUAGUCACUGUUGGCAACUGUGCUGGUAACUUAUAUUAACAGUAAUUAUGAUAAGACUUGGACAGUACUUGUAGCUUCUGGUUGUUGAUGUUCUCAUUACUUAUGUCUUUUGGUUGUUGAUGUUCCCAUUACUUGUGUUAUUUUGGUUGUUGAUGUUCCCAUUACUUGUGUUAUUUUGGUUGUUGAUGUUCCCAUUACUUGUGUUAUUUUGGUUGUUGAUGUUCCCAUUACUUGUAGCUUCUGGUUUUUGAUGCUCCCAUUAUGUGUCAUUUAGUUGUUGAUGUUGGACAUUACUUGUAGCUUCUGGUUUUUGAUGCUCCCAUUAUGUGUCAUUUAGUUGUUGAUGUUGGACAUUACUUGUAGCUUCUGGUUGUUGAUGUUUCCAUUACUUUUGUCAUUUUGGUUGUUGAUGUUUCCAUUACUUGUGUCAUUUUGGUUAUUGAUGUUGGACAGUACUUGUAGCUCCUGGUUGUUGAUGUUCCCAUUACUCAUGUCAUUUGGUUGUUGAUGUUCCCAUUACUCGUAGCUUCUGGUUGUUGAUGCUCCCAUUACUUGUCAUUUGGUUGUUGAUGUUGGACAUUAUUUGUAGCUUCUGGUUGUUGAUGUUUCCAUUACUUGUGUCAUUUUGGUUAUUGAUGUUGGACAGUACUUGUAGCUUCUGGUUAUUGAUGUUCCCAUUACUUAUAUUUUUUGGUUGUUGAUGUUGGACAGUACUUGUAGCUCCUGGUUGUUGAUGUUCCUGUUACUCAUGUCAUUUUGGUUGUUGAUGUUCCCGUUACUCAUGUCAUUUGGUUGUUGAUGUUGGACAGUACUUGUGUCUUUUGGUUGCUGAUGUUGGACAGAACUUGUAGUUUCUGGCUGUUGAUGUUCCCAUUACUUUUGUCAUUUGGUUUUUGAUGUUGGACAGAACUUGUAGCUCCUGGUUGUUGACGUUGGACAGUAUUUGUGUCAUUUGGUUGUUGAUGUUUCAUUUACUUAUGUCAUUUUGGUUAUUAAUAUUUCCAUUACUCAUGUCAUUUGGUUGUUGAUGUUGGACAGUACUUGUGUCUUUUGGUUGCUGAUAUUGGACAGUACUUGUGUCUUUUGGUUGCUGAUGUUCCCAUUAUUUGUGUUUUUUUAUGUUGGGCAGUACAUGUAGUUUCUGGCUGUUGAUGUCUCCAUUACUUGUGUCAUUUUGGUUGUUGAUGUUGGACAGUACUUUUAGCUUCUGGAGGUUAACAUCAAUAUUUGUAUCAUCUGUAUCAUCAUUGCAAUUUGUUACCUAAUCAUGCAGUUACGUGGUUAAUAUUGAUCCUGAGGCACGAUUACUGUAGUUUAUUACAAACAUCUAGUGAUAUAUCAUCAAGUAGUUAUGUAGUUAAUAUUGAUCCUGAGGCACGAUUACUGGAGUUUAUUACAAACAAACAUCUAGUGAUAUAUCAUGAAGUAUGAAUUUUGAUAAUUUUCUCUUGUUCUUAUGUUAUGAAGUAGUACAUAGUUACCUCAUGUUCAUGGUAUACUUGUACAUAAUUGAUCUCCGAUGUAAGUGUUAUUGACUUUUUUUUUAUUAAGAUGACAAAAAUUGUCCUGUAAAUAUAAGGUAGAAAUGUUGCCAUGCUUUAGGAAUAACACGUAAAUUGUCUCCGUCACGGAGUCGUUAUACAAGAAGAUUUAUACUUAUUUAACGAGGUCUAUUGCUCAUGCAGUGAAGGGUUUGAAUGUGAUAAAGAUUAUUAAAUUAAACAUUUUGGAAGUGAAUGAAGUUUUGUUUCCAGUAAAGUGGUCACAUUUGUAUAGUAAAUGAAAUAUUCAAAUUUCAUUUUUAAUUUUCAGCUGCAAAAUUUGUAAAUUUAAAUGUGUAUGUAUUUGUUUACAGAUUUAUUUAUGUUUGUCUUUACUUACCCACAACCUUACUGCUUCCUAGAAACCAUGUUUGGUGUUCAAAUUGGGCAUUUAAGUUGUCAACAAAACCUCGUUAAUUCAGAUUGCUACACAAAUUUCCAGUAGACAUUAAUACUUCUUAAUCUAUUCUUGUAUGAAAUUGGAACCAUUUUAUAGAGACAAAAUGGAGAAUGCAACUUAAGAAGAAGUCAUGAAAGCUGUGUUACUUGUUUUUAAGAAAUUGAAUGAUUCCCUCAAAACUGUAUUAAUGAAAUGUCUUGUAUAGAAGAAACAGAUUAGAAGCAAAGUUUGUGGGUUGAUAGCCAGUAUAGGGGUGUUUUGUGUAGGUUUGUUUAUUUUGAUUGAGAAUAUGACCUGUCUUAAUCUAUAAUGUCAUGUGACAUUAAAGAAAAACCUUUCCUAGAAA